GCGCCUCGACGCGUACAAAGUAUAGUCAAUAUUCUAGUAUUUUCUCCAAGCCUUACCAUCAUCCAUGGCACGAUCAACAACUACCAAACAACUCUACACAUGACAACUAAUGUGCUAUAACCCAACUAAUUGACCGCUCAAUUCGCCUCCAUACUCAAUCGUAAUCUUAGUAAACACGAAACCAAACAACCAUGUCCAACCUCCCAGGCAAACGCCGCCUCCAAACCGGGCGCCCGCGCCCCAGCACUUCCUCUUCACACACCCACGCCCCCACCCCCCUCCCAGCCUACGAACCGCUCUCCCGGCCCCUCAACGCCAGCGCCGCACGCGAGCUCUCCCAGCUCGCGAACGGCAAGGACACGCGGGGCUACGAGACGCACCUAAAGAAGAGCGUCGAGCUCCUCAGCGCCGCGGUCCGCGACAUCAACGACCGGUACGCGGAGCGGCAGAGCAGCCUAAAGCGGUUGCAAGAAAAAAGGGCCGAGAAUGGUGGUGAGAAGAACGACCGCGAGCGCGCGGAGGAGAAGGCCGUGCUGGCGUUGAGGAACGAUGUGCCCGCGCUGACGGCGGAGUGCGAUCAUGCGGUAAGAAGUGUGAUUGACGCGCGCGUGGAGCUCGAGGAUGGGAACGCAGCGCUUGCUGCGAUGGCGGUUAUGUUCGAGGAUGAGGUGCGCAAGCGUGGGGCCCGUGGUGGGGGCGGGGGCGAUGGCGAGGAUGCGGAGAUGGAGGAUUCGUGGAAGGAGCCGACUAGUGUGUUGCAGGAGGCGAAAGAGCGGGCGGCGGAGGAGUAUGCGUCGAAGACCUUGCAUGAGAAGUAUGGCCUGAAUAACGAUUAUAUCGGAUUCAAGCGCCUGUGGCAUGAUGCCGUACACGGCGAUGAUGGGAAGCCGUUGCCGGAUGCGUCGAAGUGGUUUGGCUAUAAUGGGGGUGAGGACGAGGAAGACGACGACGAGGACCUAGUGAUUGCCGGCGAGCAGUUGGAUAUCCACUGCCCCUUAUCCAUGGCCGUCAUGAGAGAUCCGUAUACGAGUUCGGUGUGCAAGCAUACCUUUGAGAAGGACUCCAUUACCCAAUUCCUUAAUUCUCAACCGGGCAGACGGGCACGGUGUCCGCAGACGGGAUGCAACAAGGAAGUAUCUAUCAAGGAUUUCCAUGCUGACCCGGUUAGACUUCGCCUCAUUCAACGUCGAUUGGCGUCAGAACGCGAGGAUGAGGAUGAGGAUGAGGAUGAUGAUGAUGGUGAGAGCGACUCUGUCGAUGCCGACGGUGACUCAUCUAUGCGGAUAACUCAAGAUCGUAGUGUCAAGAAGGAACGGGGAAAUACGGGUAGAGGACGUCGACAGGUCGAGGACAUCGAAGAUGAAGAUUCCGAUGAAGAAGAGGAAGAAGAGGACGAAUAGCUAUUUUAGUCCUUGUCCCCUUUUGACGAGUUCAUCAAAUGGCUGGUAAGACCCGAGAUGGCUUCAGCUAACAAUAUACAUGAUGAUAUGAUAACGACGAAUUAUGAACUUUAUGAUCUAGUCCAGUCCAUC